AUGUUCUCCGUUGGCAAGUUCUCGUACCUCUUUGUUGUUUUUGCCGCCCUCUUUAUUGCGGCUGUCUCUGCGGCCCCGGCGGAGGUCGUCAAGCAGGGCCCUAGCCGUGGCGAUUGGGCCUACCCCCCCCACGGCUGGAAGGACGAAGAGCCGGGUACCGUCCUCAAGACGCGCAAGGUUGUCCCCCACGAGCUCGGCAUUUUUAAGAUCAAUGCUACCGGAUACCAGACUCUCUACCGCACGUCUGCCCAAAACUCGUCCGAGCCGAUGGCUACCAUCAUGACGGUUCUCGUGCCCAACAACGCCUCGAUGGACAAGGUUGUUAUCGCCAACACCCCUGAGGAUGCCGCAGCGUACAAGUGUGGCCCUAGCACUGCUCUUGAGCACUCGGACCUGGUCAACUUCGAGGGUAUUAUUGCCCGCUUCGAGAUGCUCCUGAACAACCUGUAUCUUCAGAAAGGCUACGUCGUGGUGAUUCCCGACUACGAGGGUCCCCAGGCUGCUUUCGGUGUAGGUCCUAUCGCUGGUCACGCUGUGUUGGACUCGGCGCGUGCCGCCCGCAACAUGAACGAACUGGACCUUCCCGGUGAUGUCAAGUUUGUCGCGAUCGGUUACUCUGGCGGUGCCAUCGCCACGGGCUGGGCUGUCCAGGUGCACCCCUCAUACGCUUCGGACGUCAACCUGGUCGGCGCUACGCUGGGUGGUACACCUACUGACCUUCUUGCUCUGAUUGAACACAUUGACGGUACCGCCUCUGCUGGUAUUAUUGUUCUUGGUGCUGCUGGUCUCCUCAACGGCAACCCGGAGAUCCGCGACUCGGCCUACAACAAGAUGACCAAGGAUGGUAUCAACGCCAUCACCUGGGCCUCGAAGAAUUGUGCCGCAAUCUCAUCGGUCCCCUUCGCCUUCCAGAAGUUCCAGUCGAAGAAAUACCUAAAGGGUGGCAAGAACAUGCGCGACAUCCCUUUGUUCAAGAACCUUCUGGACUCCUACACCAUGGCCCAAUCGAACUCCGAAGGUCCUACCGCCCCCAUCUACAUGUUCCACGCCAAGACCGACGAGAUCAUUCCUUACAGCAAUGCCAAGAAAACCGCUCAGUCGUGGUGCCAGAAGGGUGCCAAUAUUGAGUUCCAGACUCAGACCUUCCCUACGACGCACAUUGCUGCGUACAUUGCCACCUUUGCGAACAUGGUGAAGUUUGUCGAGGCCCGCUUUGCCGGCAAGGAAUUCCACGACGGCGGCUGUGAGUUCAGCACUACUGGCUCGCCUGCCUUCAACCUGGAUGACGACAUCGCGCUCAUCGGCGACAUUGUCGACGACGUGAAGACCCUCUUCGGUGAGGCUACUCACGAGAACUAA